AGACAAACAGAUAGGCAGACUUUAAUAUAGUAUUAGUACAAUGGAUAUUAUUGAGAUUAUUAUGAACACAGGGAAUCAUUCUGUAUGUUCGCGUAAUUUAUUAUCAAUACAUACACAGUAUUAAUCAUUAGGGUGCAAAUGAUUGCAGAAAAUGAUCGUGGUAGUCUUCUCAACAUUAUUUAUUGUGCUAAAGUUAUGCCACACGAUUUCAAUAGAAGAUGAUUUUCCAAGAAUACAACAACUAUUCGAUAUUCCUGAGAUCGAAGAUAAAAAUCGAUCGACAUUUCAACCACCGGACAUCGGUGCUCAAGAAGUCACAAUUAAUAUAGAAAAAAUUGAUGUGAACAGGUUAAGACGAAAAUUGGAGUAUUUACCGCGAAGUGAUGCUGCAAGGGAAUACAGAGCACAUUACAACAUGACAAAAACCCUCAUAAACACGGCUACAAAUGAUACACCACCGAUUAACGUGACAACUUUUAAAGAAACGUCCGUUAAUGACACCAGACGUCAAAGGAUACCCUGGUACUCACGGUGGUACAACUGGCAUGGUACAGAAUUCAAUGCUAGAGUAAAGAUCAUGGAUAUGGCUCUGCAAACUAUAUACAUGGCAAGACAUAAGAUAAAAGUUCUGGAGAAAAGCAAAUACUUUAAUCGGAAAGACACAGGCUAUCGAAUAGCCUUCAUUUAUCGCACCAUUCGACGUCUAUACCGCCGCUUAGUUGACAUCUUUAUGACCGGCAAAAGGGGGCUUCAAAAACCUUACAAUCUAAUAUGGUCAACCCAUGAUCACUUGGCUUAUAUGCAUCACAGAGCGAUAAAAUUUCAUGUUGACUUUCUGUACUAUUACUGGGUGAUGGUUGAAAUCGACAAGAAGUAUAGAGACGAAUACAGGAUCAGGCAGUCCACAGGACCGCCCAAUUUGUUGUAUGAUGAUGAUAAAACAUUUCUUAACUAUCACCAUCCGGAUACGUGGCUCGUUUUUCCGUAGUUAUGUUUGUUUGUAUGUUUGAAAUAACUUUAUCACAUAAGAAAAUACAAAUACACAAGAAAGUGAAAAAGCACUAGCAACGGCGGACUUAUCCCAUGGAAGGAUCUCUUCCAGGCAGGAAUAGUCGUAUAGGUACUUACAAACAUAAAAGGAAAAAAGAAGCAAUACAAUAAUUUAUCUUUUCAGUGUUUUUCAAAUUAUUAUUUCCUACACUUCUUUGAGAUUUAUCGAAUAUAAGUA